UGGUGUGUUGAUGUUGCAUGAGUUUAAAUGAGAGUAAAUGUAUGAAUGGGACGUUUUCAGAGACCCAGGAUCUUCUUUCUCAGCUUAAACCUGUAUAUAAAGUUAGAUAGUUAAGUUAAAGUUAAAAUGAGUUCCUUUCCUGGACGGAUGAAGGAAUAUCCAACCAUCUCUAUUGACAGAUUCGACAGAGAAAAUCUUCACGCCAGAGCUUAUUUUCUGUCUCACUGUCACAAAGAUCAUAUGAAAGGAUUAAAAGGACCUUUACUGAAGAGAAAAUUAAAGUUUAGCUUAACUGUAAAGUUGUACUGCUCAUUUGUCACAAAGGAGCUCCUACUCAACAACCCAAAAUAUGACUUCUGGGAAGACCGCAUUGUUGCUCUUGAAUUGGACAGUCCGACACACGUAUCACUGACUGAUGAAGUUACAGGAGAGGUGGAAGAUGUUGUCGUGACGUUGCUGCCGGCUGGACAUUGCCCCGGAUCAGUCAUGUUUCUCUUUGAGGGGGCUCAGGGCACCGUGCUGUACACCGGAGAUUUCCGACUGGCUGCUGGAGACGUAGCGAGGAUGGAGCAUCUGCACUCUGGGAACAGAGUUAAAGACAUUCAGACUGUGUAUUUGGACAGCACGUUCUACGACCCCAGGUUCUAUCAGAUCCCGAGCCGAGAGGCUUGUCUGACUGGUGUCAGGAAGCUGGUACAAGACUGGAUUUGUCGGAGUCCAUACCACGUCGUUUGGUUGAACUGCAAAGCAGCAUAUGGUUAUGAAUAUCUCUUCACCAACCUGGGGCAGGAAUUUAAUUCACAGGUUCAUGUGAACAGCUUGAAAAUGUUCAGACAAAUGCCAGAAAUCCUGGAGCACGUGACCACAAACAGAGCAACACAAAUCCACGCCUGCAGGCACCCCAAGGACGAUGAGCUGUUCAGGACAAACAGACUGCCGUGUGGCUCUUUAGCAUCAGAUGGUACACCACUGCGCAUAAUCAGCAUCAAACCCUCCACUAUGUGGUUUGGAGAACGGACCAGGAAGACCAACGUCAUCGUCAAGAUGGGUGAAAGCUCCUACAGGGCUUGCUUCUCUUUUCAUUCUUCAUACUCUGAGAUCAAAGAUUUCCUCUCCUACAUCAGUCCUGUUCAUAUUUACCCCAACGUGGUUCCACCGGGUCGCACCGUGGAGGACGUCUCGGAGCUGCUGAACCUUAUGCGUAGAAAACACGCCGACGGGGACCAGAUUGUCUAUAAGCCUCUUGGGAAGCUGAAACGAGCCAGAAUAAAGUCCAUGUCACACGGCUCGGACACUGACGAUGAGCUUUUUGAGGAUGUUGCUGUAGCACCAAUGAGAAAGAAGCUUGCUGUGAAUCUGGAGAAAGAGCACCACAGUGUGGAAAAAUCAGAUCUUGAGCUCACAGAGACACAAAUUCUUCCACAGCUGCAGACAUCGAUUCAGACAUCCAACUACAUGGACUGCACAGAGUCCAAUGAUGAUGAUGAUGAUGAUGAUGUGGAGAAGGUGGAGCUUCCUGCAGAUGCCACUCCCACUCCAUCUUGCAAAGUUAUGUCACCGCCCACUCCCAAGCCAGCUCCUCCCACCUGGAGUUCGUUCUUUAUGGCAGAGCCGGUUGUGACCGAUGACAGCUGUGAGCUGGAGAACAGUCAGAACAGCCAGGCUCCGUCUACUGAUCAGAUGACCCCACAGUCACCCGAGCUCUUCAGUGACAACGACGAAUCCGAAUCUGGUCAUGUGACUUCCUCUCAGUCGACGUACGUAUCAGAGGCAGCUUUAGAGAGCCUCAGUCAACUCGACACAGAGCCUGUACAGUGUAACACCGCACACACGGGAAAAGCUUUUCAUUUGUCUGAUCUGACUGACUGUGAACAGAACCAGAACGACAUCGCAGGCCACAAAGAUCCAGUUUCAGAUUCCCAGGUGUCCUCUGAUUUUGAUCUGCCAAUGACUCCGGGCUCCAAGGCACCUCAGCCUGGAGAGCUGAAGGAGCUCUACAAGACAUUGGGUGCUGGAGAGGACGUGAACACCAAUCAUCAUCAGCAAAGUGUAGUUUAAUUGUGUGCUGAAAUCAUCUUGCCAAAAUUGACCAAAAAACCAAAACAGAAUUAAACAGUUUUAAAAGCAAUCUAUAAAAUAAACUGAACUAGAUCAACUGAAAUACUAUAAUUUGUAAUGAAUAAAAAGAAAAAGAAAAACUAGCAUGAAACACAGGUAGGGAAGAUGAAGUUGCUCAGGAGAAAUGUGGGGGGGGGGGGGGAAUCACCUUUAAAUAGUAGCCUUAAUCGAUUGUCUGCAAAGAAACAUCUGAUCGGUGAGGUGUCGAAUCAUUUUUAUAACAGAAGCUCAGACAGUAGGUUUUAAUGCCUUGUCUUGUUUUUAAAGUAAUUAAAAUUUUACACAAAGUUCACUUAUAGUCAGGGUCAGAAUCCUCAGGGUUUCCAGUUUCUUAACAACAACGAUCUGCAUUUUUUUUUUUUUUCUUUUUGUCUUAUUAACUUCAAGACAAAAUAUAAGAGAGAGCUGAAGAUGACAUGGUCACAGCUGCUAACAGGACCAGGAUGUUUAUAUUCCCAGAUGAUCCACAACAUAAGUCUAAAUCAAAUCAGUGCAUAAACAAAUCUUCAGAUUCCGGUGAUAUCAGACUAAUGAAACAUUUUGUGAUGUGCUGUUUAACUUCAGCUACUCAAAGUAAUUCCUAUCAACUGUGUUCACACCCUGUGUUCGUACCUCACGCUCUUCAGAUUCAUUGUACAACCACCUCACCUCACUUUUUUAACCUUAAACCUGAUUUCAGAAUGUCUUUUCUUCUUUAACAUCACAGAUAUCUAACAUUGAAAUAAACAUUAACAUGAAAUAAGGUGCAACACUUUUUUUAUAGGCCAUCAGUUGGGACUGAACCAGCUGGUAUUCAUUUCCACUGACAAGGGGUAGGUUUGCUUUCUGAUUACUGAUUUCAGCUGGUGUCUCUGUGUUCUGUGACUUUUUGCACCUCCAUUUGUUCGUGUUCAAUACAUUCUCCUGCCAGUCGUUCCAUUUUAUUACACAUAACUUCAUUUCUGUACUUAUUUUCGUUAACUUUCUAUGGAUUACUUCCUGGAAAAUGUCAUGUUAAGAGCCUCUUACUCAUACCUAAUACUGAACGUUCCUAAAUGCAGCUCAGCCAAUCACAUUGUAGAGCUUAAGCGGUCCAGUUGAUCAAAAAGCAGUUUAUAUACAAACACACUCUCAAUAAUAGUUUAUUAAACGCUAGCUAUACAGAACUACCAAGGCUGUCAUGUCUUUAGAAACAUUUAAGUCGAAAUCUUAGUGCUUUUGUAUUUCUUCACGUUUUCUUCACACACACACACGUUUUACAACUCGGGAGUUCUGAUGUCAUCAGGUUGUUGAAAACUUGUUAAAAAUACGGCUUUAGAAAUGUUUAUUGCAGUCAUAAAAACCUCAUGUAGCUUUCUGUACACUAGCGGUACGUAGUCUUACAAUCUUUUGUUGCAAACACACAGACUUCAUGUGUUUUGCUGUUCCAGUUUAACCACCAAGACCUCACUAAAUGAUUUACAGUCUUUAUUGUAAUCCUGCGUGUUCAUUACUGCUU